AUGGCAUCGAUUGUGCGUCCCUCGCUGCUGCGGCAGUCCGCGCUGGCCGCUCGCUCCAGAAGCGCCAUGGCCCUGAGAGCAGCCGCCUUCCACAGCUCAAGCAAGAAGUCUGCCAUCCUGCCGCCUGGACCCCAGGAAAUCCAGGGUGGAGUCAACGACCCUGCUCCCGUUCCUCCCCCCUCGGCCGCCCACGGCUCGUACCACUGGACGUUUGAGCGCCUCCUGGCCGCGGGCCUGGUGCCUCUGACCAUUGCCCCCUUUGCAUCGGGCUCGCUCAACCCCACCAUGGACGCGAUCCUGUGCUCGGCCGUCCUCAUCCACUCCCACAUUGGCUUCCAGUCCGUCAUCAUCGACUACAUCCCCAAGAGGCGAUACCCCGGUCUGCGCAGGCUGUUUUGGUGGGGGCUGAAUGCCGCCACCGUCGUCGUAGGCGUUGGCCUGUACGAGUUCGAGACGAAUGACGUCGGCGUCACCGAGGCUAUCAAGCGCGUGUGGAAGGCAUAG